GUGUGUUUGUAUAGAAUGGCCGGAAUGAGUUCUUUAGGUGCUGUGAGGAGAAACAUCAAAAGCCUUCAGGAUCAAGCAGAUGCAGCAGAAGAGAGGGCAGAAAAGCUGCAGAGGGAACGGGACACGGAGAGGAAGCUGAGAGAGGCAGCUGAGGGUGAUGUAGCCUCAUUGAACAGGCGCAGCCAGCUGGUAGAGGAGGAGUUGGAUCGUGCUCAGGAGCGUUUGGCAACAGCCCUUCAGAAACUGGAGGAGGCUGAGAAGGGUGCAGAUGAAAGUGAGAGAGGAAUGAAGGUCAUUGAAAACAGAGCCCUGAAGGAUGAAGAGAAGAUAGAAUUGCAAGAAAUCCAGUUAAAGGAAGCCAAGCACAUUGCUGAAGAGGCUGACCGCAAAUAUGAAGAGGUUGCACGUAAGCUGGUGAUCAUUGAGGGUGAUCUGGAGCAUGCAGAGGAACGCGCUGAGCUCUCAGAAAGCCGCUGUCGGCAGCUGGAUGAAGAGCUGAGCAUAAAGGAUCAAACACUGAGAACAUUAGUGGCCGCAGAAGAGAAGUAUUCCCAGAAGGAAGACAAAUGUGAAGAGGAAAUUAAGGUCCUUACAGACAAACUAAAGGAGGCUGAAACACGUGCUGAAUUUGCAGAAAGAACAGUAGCCAAAUUAGAAAAAACCAUUGAUGACUUAGAAGAGAAAGUUGCUAAUGCUAAAGAGGAUAAUCUAAAUAUGCAUCAGAUGUUGGCCCUUACACUGCUGGAAUUAAACAACAUGUAACAAUCAUCCGGCUUGACAUCUGGUUUCCCAAAGACGCUGCUUAUGAAGAAGUCCCUUUAAUUGCAAUUUUUCUUUAGCAAGAACAAACAGGAGGACAGAGGGAGGGGAGCCUUCUCUAUAUAUUUUGUGUAUUUUAAGUAUGCAGCCCAAAAUGA